GCCACGCACGUCACAAGUGACAAUACCUCAAAAUGCAAUAAAUUGAAAUAGUAAUAAUUGUUAAAUUAUUUAAUUUAAUUAUGCAAAAACAUUGGAAUUGCUUUAGGGAAAUUUUCAUGAGUAAUGUAUAGUUAAUCGAGAAAUAAAUAGACCUACUGGAUAGACAUGGAUCAUUACCUCACAAUAUACAGAAAGGACUACCUGUGGCCAAAUCUGCCAACAUCGAGAGAUGCAGGAGGUGCUGGUAAAGAAUUAGCAGAGGUACCAAAACUGUCAGGGCAAGAGUUGGCCUUUUAUCAAGCAUGUAUGCAGCACACGCGUCCUCCAGACUGCAGAUGUCCACAAUACAUUGGCGGAGAAAUGCCCCGGCUGCCUCCAGGGAAAGAGGGAGGAUGGAGUAGAAAUGAGAUAAUGGGACCAUUGCUGGAUCCUAAACUAUAUCCUGUCCGUGUAGCUGCUAGUCCAGAGACGCCUACAUCCAGAUACGAUCAGCCUAAUGCAUUUUUGGAUAAGCUCCAAUCCAAGUAUCCGAUGCUGUACAGCAUUCUGCAGAACGAAGCGUCGCCAGAAUUGAAACAGAGAAUAGACAGGGAUCGUAAUAAGACUACUUACCGUGUAGACUACUGUGAGAGUGGACCUGGAGCUAAAUUUGAACGUCUUCAGCGAGCGGCGGAUGAAAGCGGAACAGGUCCUUGCGCGCAGCCGUUGCGACUGCCCGGCGACCCCUGCAGGGUAGGGCCCAAACCACGGAAAACUGCACCGCGCACCAUGUCCAAACAGGCUAGCGCUGGAGGUGCUAGCGACCCAAGAGCUAAAUGCGAAACAACAUCAGCAGUGCCACCUCUCGGUAAAACUGAAUACCAGGACGGUGUGUCGAAGCUGGGAGCCAUCAUCAUGCGCGACAAACUGCACAGGAAAUAAACGGAAUUGUUUGCAUUAUAAACAAACACUGAGUAAAAAGACGUUUGGAAAAACAAAUUAAUUUAUAUUUUAAUCAACUUCUAAAAAUAAGACGUAACCAUUGUGUUUGCAACAGAAGUGGACU